AUGCCACCCGUGAACAUGUCCCGUCCCUCUUCUAUGAGUUUUUUGCUACUGGGCAUCCCAGGACUAGAGCACCUUCAUGUCUGGAUUGGGAUUCCCUUCUGUUCCAUGUAUGUGGUGGCUGUGGUAGGAAAUGUGACCAUUCUGGCUGUAGUGAGGGCAGAGCGCAGCCUCCAUGAACCCAUGUUUCUUUUUCUGUGCAUGUUGUCUAUUACGGACCUGGUCCUCUCGACAUCGACCUUACCCCGUAUGCUUUGUCUCUUCUGGUUCGGAGCCCGUGAUAUUGCCUUUGAUGCUUGCCUGACCCAGAUGUUCUUUAUCCACAGCUUUACUGCUAUGGAAUCGGGCUUCUUCCUGGCCAUGGCCAUUGACCGUUAUGUGGCCAUCUGUGAUCCGUUGCACCAUACUACCAUUCUCACCCAUUCUCGCAUCAUUGUAAUAGGUAUAAUUGUGGUGAUUCGUGGUGUAGCUUUCUUUACCCCACACCCUAUUUUGCUCAAGCAACUACCCUACUGUAGAUCACGAAUCAUUGCCCACACCUACUGUGAGUUCAUGGCUGUGGCAAAGCUAGCAUGUAUGGACACAGGAUCAACCAAUCGUUAUAGCCUCAGUGUGGCUUCCAUAAUUGGGUCAUGUGAUGCCAUUCUCAUUGCUGUAUCCUAUGCCUUCAUCCUUCGCUCUGUAUUCCGCUUGCCAUCCAGAGAAGCCAGCUUUAAGGCUUUGGGCACAUGUGGCUCUCAUGUCUGUGUCAUUCUAGUUUUCUAUUCCACAGCUGGUUUCUCCAUCUUCACUCACCGGUUUGGGAAAAAUGUGCCUGCACACAUUCAUAUUUUUAUUGCAAAUAUGUACCUUUUGGUGCCCCCUUUCCUUAACCCCAUUGUGUAUGGAGUACGGACCAAGAAAAUACGGGAAAAUGUUUUUAGGGCUCUACAGUUUAAAGUAGCCUGA